AUGGAGCCAUCAACAUCGGCUGUUCCUCAUUGGAGGAUUGACGUCCCAGACGGCCUCCUUCACACCUUGCGUGCAUGUCUAUCACAGUUUUGGGACAAUGUUACUACGCCAGAACUUGGCAAUCUUCAUCUCAGGGACGAAAAUUGCAUUCCUCUUACCGAAGCUGCCUCCUUUCUCGACCAUCUGCACGAGGCCCAGGUUGAUGACGAGCUGAUUACGGUCGUUGUCGAGUCAUUUCAACGCUGUCUUUUGUCAACCAGGGACAUUCACACUCUAGCAACCAGACUCGACGGCACGUCUCGAGAUAAGCUACUUGAAGCUUACUUCCGCAUUCUUAAGAGUCCACAAGGCGAAACUAGCUCGGGUCUACUGAGUUCAGUAAAAUACGGCGACUCCUCUCUUUUGGCUGUUUUUGGCGGCCAGGGAAUCCACAACUCCACUGGGUUAGAUGAGCUUCGCUCCCUGUACCGGACCUAUAAGCCACUACUAGAGGACCUUAUCACAUCGGCUGCACAGGUCCUGAGAAAAAUCACAGUCAGCUCCGAUCCAUCUCAGCACUUUGGUCCUCAUGGAUUUGACCUCAUAUCGUGGCUUCAACAACCGGAAACCGCGCCAAAUGUGGAAUUUCUCGCAACCGCUCCCGUCAGUUUUCCGAUGAACGGUCUCAUAAGCUUUGCCCACUAUUGUGUGACUUGCCGUGUGCUAGGUUUACAGCCAGGGCAGUUCCGAGACAUUCUGACAGGGGCCACCGGCCACUCCCAAGGAAUAGUUGUCGCAGCCGCCGUGGCAGGAUCCAAAACUUGGGCUGAUUUGCUGAACGCGGUAGAGGAUGCGAUAGAACUUCUUUUCUGGCUGGGGUGGGAGAGUCAUUAUGGCACACCAAGCUCCACUUCCUCGAUAUCAUCCCGGCCCAUGGGAGACACACGUCUAAACUUUGCAACAUCGAUGCUCAGUGUGCGUGGAAUGAAGAAGGAGGUUGUUGAAAGGAUUUUGGAGGAAUGUAACAACCAUCUGGGUGACGAUGAGAAGGCAUACCUGGGGCUUGUCAACUCUUCAGAUUCCCUUGUCAUUUCCGGUCCAGAAAGGACACUCAAUGGCGUUCGCAGCAUCUUAGGGCGACAUGGUGCUUCUUCUGACUCCAAUCAGGAUAAGAUUACGUACCUGGAUCGACGUCCACUUCUGGACUGUCAAUUUCUACCAAUAUCUGCCGCUUUUCACUCUCCACACUUGGAUGGGGCCUACCGCCGUAUCAUCGCGCGCAUCGGCUCGGCUGGCUUAUUCGAUGGCCUUCACUUUACAAUUCCAGUCUACCACACCUUCAGUGGAGAGGAUAUUCACCUCACUCUAAGUCGAGAUCUCAUUCCGAUAUUGGUUCGCGCGGUAUUGUGCGAACCGGUUGAUUGGCCCAAAACCUGCAUGCAGACAUUCACCACGCAUAUCCUGGAUUUUGGCCCCGGCAGGACAAGUACCUUCUUGCACGACCAAAUAAAUGGAUCAGGUCGCCGAAUCAUUAUUGCCUCCGAAUACAUGGCUUCAUCACACAGUGUGGGGGCCAAGCAUGAGAUAUUUUCCUCUCAGCCACCCAUUAUUAAUCCCAGCUGGGCCAAGGUCUACAGACCAACACUCCUCUCAGACAAAGCCAACGGUACCAGGCUAAGCACACGCAUGAGCCGGGUCCUUGGGACUCCUCCAAUCAUGGUCGCAGGAAUGACACCUACAACAGUCUCAACGGACUUUGUUUCUUGCGUCAUGAACGCGGGGUAUCACAUUGAGCUCGCUUGCGGUGGGUACUCACGACCGCAGGACCUCGAACAGGCCAUCAAGCAGCUCUCUUCGGCGAUACCAAAUGGCCGAGGCAUCACUCUCAACGUGAUAUAUGCCGCACCAAGAGCUAUCUCAUGGCAAAUACCACUCAUUCGCCGGCUUCGAUCUGAGGGAUAUCCCAUUGAAGGACUCUGUGUUGGUGCCGGCGUGCCCAGUCCAGACGUGGCUAAAGAAUACAUCGAUACACUCGGAUUGAAGCACAUCGCCUUGAAGCCUUCCUCUGUGAAUUCGAUCAUGCAGGUCCUUGAAAUUGCCAAAAUGAACCCCUCUAUGCCAGUCUUGCUUCAAUGGACUGGUGGGAGAGCCGGUGGCCACCAUUCAUAUGACGACAUGUAUGACCCACUUAUCAAGACGUACGGGUCCAUCCGCAAGCACGCCAACGUGAUCCUUGUUGUGGGGAGUGGUCUUGGAGACGCUCAAGGCAUGAUGCCGCUCUUAACUGGUGAAUGGGCCGAGUCUCGUGGCUAUCCCCGAAUGCCCGUGGAUGGAAUCCUCAUUGGCAGUCGCAUGAUGGUCGCCAAAGAAGCAUCCACGUCCACCUCUGUUAAAAAUCUAAUCGCCCAAACACCUGGCGUCACCAAUUCAGAAUGGCACAAAACUUAUGCCGGGCCAGCUGGUGGUGUUAUUACAGUGCGAUCCGAGAUGGGUGAACCAAUUCACAAGAUUGCAAACCGAGCAGUGAUGCUGUGGCACGACCUGGAUAAUACGCUAUUCAACGUCAAAGAUGCAGAUAAGCGCAUCCAACUCUUGCAAAAACGCCGCUUAGAGAUCAUCACCCGUCUUAAUCAAGAUUACGCCAAGCCGUGGUUCGCAAUGAAUUUUUCAGGAAAGCCUGUCAGACUCGAGGAUAUGACAUAUGCCGAGUGCCUUCAACGAAUCACCACCUUAAUGUAUAUGCAUCAGCAACAGGAGUGGGUUCAUGAGUCCUAUCGAGUGUUUUUCCUUGAUUUCGUGAACAGGGUUCAGGAGCGGUUUGAUGUGGAACAUGAACUCCCUCUGGAUGCUAGCACAAGCCCAUUUGACCUUCUUGAAAAGCUCUUCACUGUCUGUCCCGCUGCGAUCACAGAUAUUCUAUAUCCCGAGGAUGCUGCCUUCUUCUUGGGUUUAUGCAAGCGAAGGGGUCAGAAACCUGUGAACUUCAUCCCCAUUCUUGACGCUGAUUUCGAGAUGUGGUUCAAGAAGGACUCUCUAUGGCAGAUGGAGAAAUUGGAGGCUGUCAUUGAUCAGGAUCCACAACGAGUUUGCAUCAUCCAUGGCCCUGUGGCGGCUAGGUUUUCCACAUCCAUCGACGAGCCUGCGGAGGAUAUAUUGAAUAAGAUUCAUAACGACUUGAUCAAGGCAGUCGGACUCACUACUCCGAAUCGCGGCUUUGUCGAUCUCGAAGAGGUGAAAGUUCAGACUGAGGUGCAGGCAGCUCGUUUCUCCGCUGAUCUGGAUUUUGUUGACUUGGUGACCUCCAAAACACAGUGGGGUACCCAAGUUGACUGUCGGUUCAAGCAACCACUACCCGACGGUGGGACACAGUUGUUCCUACAGAAGCUUGGUAUCGGAGCUGAACAUUGGCUGAGCGUCUGCUUGAACGACAAAACUCUGCUCGUCGGCCGUCACCGCAGACCUAAUCGAGUUCACGGUGCAUUUCAACCUCGCGCUGGAGAUAGGCUGACCGUUGAAUACCUGUCCUCCAAAAGGGAAUCCUUGAAUGCAGCUUUCUUUCUCAAUCUUCCAGAUCAGACUGAUAAUCAGGCUGCCUUCACAAUUGGGUCAACCGACGGGAAUGCAAUUCGUUUCGACCUUGGUGGGUCUAGUCACCUGUUGUCAACGAUAACCCUCAACUUGCAACUUCAGCGCAAGGCUGGCCAGCAGUCGCUACACGACAUAACAAAUCCGCAGGAUACAAAGGUCAGAGAGUUCUAUGCUUCCUGCUGGUCUCUCGAUGGCGAGAAUUUGAAAGAAGAUGCAGUUGGCACCGAGUUCUCUACCGGACCUGUCAUGCUGUCUUCCCAGCUUGUUAGUAACUUUGUCUCGCUGAUUUCCAGGGCCAAAGGCAAUCACGCAGGCUCACACGGCACCCUCACGCUAGCUCCCUUGGACCUUGCCAUUGUUGUCGCCUGGAAAGCACUUUCAAGACCGCUCUUGGUUUCAGACUUGGGUGGCGACCUCUCCCGCUUGCUGCAUCUCUCCAACGCUUUCGAAAUGAUGCCUGGCGCUGAGCCACUCCAAGUCGGUGAUUAUCUGGAGACGAAGUCACAUAUCACUGCAGUAUCCAUGAAGCCUCAAGGGAAACUGGUUGAGGUUACAGCGGCAAUAUAUCGAAAGGGGGCGGAGGUCAUGAGGAUCACAUCUGAGUUCCUCAUGCAAGGACAGUUCCCCCAACAAGACCAGAACUUCCGGUUUUCCAGGUCCAAUGACUGGAAGCUUUCAUUGGAUUCCCCCAAACUUGUGGCCCUACUUCAAAGCAGAAAGUGGUUCAAUCCAGACCCAACAUGUCCAGAACUCCUUGGAAACGUACUUCUGUUCCGAGUUACUUCUCACAGAGCAUACAUCCAAUCGACCAAUUUGUUCUCCUUGACCACUCGGGGUACUGUCUCCCUUGUUGCCAAGGAGGGCUCAGUCCCCUGUGUUGGAAAUGUGUCUUUCUCCCACGAAUCAUGCUCUGGAGAUCCUGUUGUUGAUUUCCUCGAGCGCUACGGCUCUUCAACGCGUCAAAUACAGUCGCUUGAACAUCCUGGAUGGCAUAACUCGGAGCCCUUGCUACUUCGUGUGUGCGACUUUGGCUCUGAGUACUCGACUCUAUCAACAGACCACAAUCCGAUUCACGUCUCGCCCUCCUUCGCAGGCUUUUCCGGCUUAUCGGCACCCAUUGUUCAUGGAAUGUAUACAUCUGCUGUUGUUCGCAGCAGAGUUGAAGAACAUAUGGCUGGAGUGAAUUGCUCCGGGUUUCGUCGAUGGUCGACAACAUUUGAAGAUGUUGUUCGCGGUAAUGACGUCUUGCGCAUCGACAUUCAUCACAGGGGGAUGAUUGGAGGCAACAUUAUUAUUGACGUUCAAGUGUGGAAUGACGAGACAAACACGAAGGUGUUGACCGCAGAGGCUGAGGUUGAGCAGGCUCGAACGGCCUAUAUGUUUUGUGGUCAAGGAAGUCAGAAAAAGGACAUGGGCAUGGCACUUUACGAAGCAGACGACUUUGCAAAAUCUAUAUGGGACAAAGGAGAUCGUUAUCUCUUCAACCUUUACGGUUUCUCUUUGCUUGAUAUCGUGCGCAACAACCCGAAAGAAAUCACCAUUCAUUUCGGCACCAAGAAAGGUCGACAAAUUCGAGCCAACUAUUUGGCUCUCACUCGAACUCAAGUCAUCGGCAACCAAGAAGUCACAACACCUGUUAUUGGAGGGCUUAGUGAGAAGUCCACUUCCAUCACAUUUGAGGAGCCUGACGGGUUGUUAUUUUCAACGCAAUUUGCGCAGCCAUUGAUCAGUCUUCUUAACGUAGCUGAGAUGGGUGCUCUCAAAUCUCGUGGUCUCGUUCAGGAGGGCUCGGCGUUUGCUGGGCAUUCACUCGGCGAGUACAGUGCCUUGCUUGCCUGUGCUGACUUCAUGACCUUGGAAAACCUCCUUGGUCUGACUUUCUACCGAGGGUUGGUAAUGCAGUUUCAAAUGAGCCAGGAUGCAGCUGGUCGGACAGACUUUGGUAUGGCAGCUGUGAACCCAUCUAGGGUUGGGAACGGGUUUAACGAAGCUUCUUUGAAGAUUCUUGUCGAGGCCAUCAAUCGCGCCACAGGCUUGUUGCUUGAAGUUGUGAACUACAAUGUCGCUGGACAGCAGUAUGUGUGCGCAGGUCAUCUCCGAUCGCUCUGGCUACUUCAAAAGACAUGCGAUGACCUGUCAUCGUCUGCACAGCGUGAAUCACCCACCCCUGAAGAAAUCCAGACUGUGAUCAAUCGGCACCUGGCGAAUGCUACUGCGCUUCCGGAGCCAAUUCAGCUGCAGCGUGGCCGGGCUACCAUUCCACUGCCCGGUGUCAACGUGCCGUUCCAUUCUAGCUAUCUGCGGGGUGGCAUCCCGGUAUAUCGCCGGUAUCUGCAGAGCAAGAUUAGGAAAGAGGAUAUUGUUGUGGAUCGACUGGUCGGAAAGUACAUUCCCAAUCUCACGGGAAAGCCGUUUUCUAUUAGUCGGGAUUAUGUUGAGGAAGUUGCACUGGCUACGGAUAGCAAGGUUCUCAGCCAGUUGCUGGUGGAGUGGGCCAGGUAA